AGUACAUCCGGAUGAAUUGAGGAGCUCAAGAGCUCUCUGGCACAGUUGGAGCAUCGUCACCACUCACCAGGGUCUUUCUCUUCACCAUCUCCAAGUCGGGAGUUCCCUUAGGCAGAUGGCGCCCUGAGGCCUGCGGCUGAAUCCCCGGAUCCAGUGGCGUAGACUGGGGACGAAACUCUUGGGAUUUGACGGUGAAGGUUGGCGAUAGAACUCAGUUGUGCUGGUGCCCGGUAUCACACCAUCUGGUGGGCUGUGACGUUAGCAUCAGUUUGGCAAAGCUCCAGACUAUUCACUCGACGGCAAAGCUCCAGACAAAUGGAUCGUCUUUAUUUGAGGGUAUUUUGGGGGUUCAGAGAUUUUGUUCCUAUUAUUAUUAUCCAUAAAGUUUCAGUUAAUUACAAGUAUACCUAGAAGCAGUUAGAAGCUGGUAUACUCCAGCAUCUAACUUUUAACUUUAAAGCACUUUUUUUAAUUAGAAGUUGGGAUUUGCAAACACAAUUUUUAGCUUUUUUUAAUCUAAAAGCUUAGAAGCACUUAUUUAAAGCAAUAGCAAACACUGCUUUAUCAUUUAAAUAAAUCGGCCAAAAUGUUAAAUGCUUAAUAAUAUUGGGCCAUAAACGUUAUAGUAAAAAAGGUAGGGUGUUAAAAACAAAAAGAAGUUAGGCAAAACAUUAUACUCCAUAAACUACUUGAAUAGCAGAUAACGCUUUCAUAAGCCUGGAACGAGAGUUCGAGAGGCGAGACUCAUUUGCUAUGCAGCGGCCAGCGAUUGUUCAUCUCUUUUGAUUCUCUUCCACUAAGUUCUUACUAUUUUGCAAUCAAAUGAGGAACAGAGCAGUCACCACACAAGCUACCAAAAAAAGUUCAUUGAAUCGCUGCUUGCUUACUCCUGCCAUCAAAAAUCAAAAUCAAAGGGGAAAACUCCAGGUUGCUUGCUCCCUUGCUUCAGUCUGAGCCUUGGCACUUUGGCAGGGGUUGAUCCAUGGCACUUUCCAGUUCUCCAGACUGGUGGUCUGUGGCAUCACUGGCAUGGAUUCCUUGCAACUCCUCAAAGGAAAUCAGCACCAGCAGAAGAACUCCAUUGUGCUCUCUCCCCCGCUUCAACUCCCGAGAUCUCAACCUCAUUGCAGCAAGAUCCUCCACUUGUCCAUCCCCGCUUUUUGAAGACAAUAAUGCAUUAUCAUCCGCCUCCAAGUCCCAACCCACAAUAAUGGAUCUCACUCUCUCCGAAUACCAGCCUGAAGAUCUGAACAACAUUAUCUUUAGAUUGAUAAAAAACCCUCAGACUGCUGAAAGUGGGAGUGAUUUUUAUGCGAAAGCCAAGGGAAAUCCCGGGUUUAUCCCUGAAAAAUCAACCCUCACUCUUCUUACUAGGUACUUCAUGAGAUCGAGAAAAUGGAGCUCAAUCUUUUCAUUGGCUCAAGAUUUUCGGGCAUUCAAUGUAAUCCCUGAUAGUGGCACAUUUUGUAGACUGAUUAGUAGCUGUGCUAGAGCUAGGAAGUUCAAAAUUGUAAAUACUUUGCUUGAAUCUGCCUUUUUUCUCCAAGAGACACCUCUUGCCUUUGAACAUGCCAUGAGAGGCUACAACAAACUCCAUAUGUACAGUACCACUAUUCUGUUGUAUCAAAGGAUGAAAAGUAGUGGGCUUGUUCUGGAGCCUGGGUGCUAUUGCACCACCAUGGAGGCAUAUCACAAUAUGGGACAGUAUGAAGAAGUUGUUUCGCUCUUCCAAGAGUUUAAACAUGGAAGAAGACUGGAGUCCACACAAUAUAAUUCAAAGAUUUACCUUUGUUUAUGCAAUUCUCUGGGCAAAAUGGGGCGCACUUCCGAAUCCCUCGACCACUUCAGGGAAAUGACAAGCAAAGGAGUUCCAGAUGAUCAUAAGUUUUACUCAUCCCUAAUAUCCGCUUUCGCGACAUCCAGAGAAGUAGAAAUGGCAGAGGAGCUUUUAGAAGAAGCAGUGAGAAAGAAAAUGCUGAGUAGUGAUCCCUCUCUGUUUAUGAAACUUGUGUUGAUGUACAUUGACAAGGAGGGAAUGCUAGAAAAGGCCCUGUCUGUCAUUUCGUUGAUGAAACGGUUAAACAUUCGGGUUUCCGAUUGCAUUUCUUGCGCCAUUGUGAAUGCUUUCUCGAGAAAAUUAGGGCCUGAGGAAGCCGUGAGGGUCUUUGAAGAAGAGCUUCAAUUUGAGGGGUGUGAGCCUGGCCAGGUGACCUAUGCUUUGAUUUUAAACAUUUACUGCCAAAUCAAAUUAUAUUCAAAGGCAGAAGCGGCUUUUGCAGAUAUGGAGCAAAAGGGGUUUGUUAAUUGUAGUGUUUCAUACUCUACCAUGAUCAAUAUGUAUGGGAAAACUGGAAGGCAUAGAGAAGCAAUGAUGAUUUUGGCUAAGAUGAAAAAGAGAGGAUGCAAGCCCAACGUGUGGAUAUACAAUUCUCUCUUGGACAUACACAGGAAUCCAUUGAACUUGAGGCAAGUGGAGAAGACAUGGAAAGAGAUGGAGAGGCGGGGAGUUUUGCCCGACAGAGUUAGUUACACAAGCAUAAUAAGUGCAUACAACAAGGCCAAGGAGUACCAGAGAUGCGUGGAAUACUACAAUGACUUUAGGAAGCUAAAGAACGGUGAUGGGAAGAUUGAUAGGGCAAUGGGUGGGCUAAUGGUUGGGGUUUUUUCAAAGAUGAAUAGAGGUGAGGAGUUGGUUAAAGUGUUGCAGGAGAUGAAGAAGGCUGAGGCUGAGUUAGAUGAGAGGCUCUACUGGUCGGCUUUAAAUGCUCUCAGAGAUGCCGGGCUGGAAAUUCAUGCCAAAUGGUUGCAAGAUAGCUUUGCUAUAAUAUGAUCAAUACAUCUCAGGUCUCGACAUACAUCAAAUGUGCUUGGAUCUAUAUAAGUUUGUGAUAUGCAACGUUUUCGGGGUGACAUUUUCAUCAAAUAUAACGGUUGACAAAUCAGUUCGGUUUAACCUUUGUGAUAUGCGAUGAAGAAGAAAAUAUGAAAAAGUCACUUAAAAUUGUCUUCUACAAGGGAGUCCGUAAUAAUUUGUAGUGAGUGCACUUAUUAAAUUUCUAAUAUGUAUUUUUAUUUGAUUAUGACAUCACCAACUCAUGUGUUGACUUAAACUUUAAUUCUACAUGUAGAUUCAUGAAUGUAUAUUUUACUUAUUUACAUUUACAAUAGAGUCAAUUCCCU